CGCACCGAUGCUUUGUGGCCAGAAGAGGCGCGCUGUCGCGGGAACGUGAUGCGAGGAGCCAGUGUGGCCUGGGAAGAAGUCGGGUUUACUGCCAGGCGAUGGAAGGGUGGAGGGAUGCUGGAAGAGGAGCGCUUAAGGGUUAAAGUGGACCGGGCUGUGGUUGCAUCAGUGGUCCCCGCAUUACUCUGGGAGCAGGGGAGCGAUCAGCAUUUGAAGGCACAGUGGAGGUCUACGUGGGGCUGACACUUGCAAGUGUCUUUGGGCUGGUGCACUAUAUCCUGGAUCUUCCGAAGGGUGAGGUGGGGUGGGGCAGGAAGAGGCUUCCUGCGACGCUGCUGAAUGCAUCCCAGUAGCCAAAAUGCUGCGGAAUCAACGCGUAAGGAUGUUGGUAAUAAUAGGGCCAAGGGGAAGCAUUGCUUGGGGUCUCUCACUGACUGGGAAGCUGAUUUGGGGUGCGUUUUGGUACUGGCCACAGUCCGAAAGGACACAAGGUGUGACUAUGGAUGGAUGAUUGCAUUACAACAAUCUCUGGUCCUUAAAGGGAAGACAUCUUUGGCACAUCAAUUUGUGGAAGGCGAGUUCCUGGAAGGCUACGAUCCUACAGUGGAGAACACUUUCAGCAAGACAGUGACUCUUGGCAAAGAUGAGUUUCAUUUACAUCUAGUGGACACAGCGGGCCAGGAUGAGUACAGCAUUCUGCCCUAUUCCCUUAUCAUUGGGGUCCAUGGUUACGUCCUGGUGUAUUCUGUCACCUCUCUGCAUAGCUUCCAGAUCGUUAAGAGCCUGUACCAAAAGCUCCAUGAAGGCCACGGUAAAACUCGGCUGCCGGUGGUGCUGGUGGGGAACAAGGCAGAUCUCUCUCCAGACAGAGAGGUGCAGGCCGUUGAUGGGAAGAAGCUAGCCGAGUCUUGGGGUGCGACGUUUAUGGAGUCAUCUGCUCGAGAGAAUCAGCUAACUCAAGAGAUCUUCAUCAAAGUCAUCCAGGAAAUUGCCCGUGUGGAGAAUUCUUACGGGCCAGACCGCCGAUGCUAUCUCAUGUGAGCUCUUGACAUGGACUAGCUGCCUCGUUUCUGCUGCAGGCAUUUUCCAGCCUGCAGUGGGGAGCAGACCCUCGGGACUCAACUGGCAUGGAUGCCAACUAUGUCCCUGGCCCUCUGGGCACACACAGUGUGGUACCCUCAUUUUUGCACACUCAUCCCAGGUUAUGGUAGCCUGGUGUUAAUGUUUACAAAGGGGCAAGAUGUCUCAUGGACACUGGCUUCUAACUCCUUGUUUUUCUAAAUGAACUUUUACACUCUGCACAGUUGGAAUAUGAGUCUUGGGCAUUGAUUAUCCAGGACCCACCCUCCUGGGUAGGUUUUGGGUGUUGGUUGGGUGAGGGUGUUGGUUGCUUGGCAGUUCUGAAGUAGAGCUGGCUCCUGGGGUGACAAUGUAUAUUUGCAAAUAAACUGAGAAAUCCUU